AUGUUGUCCAGGAAAGGACUCAUUCCUGAGGAUUACCUGCUGACUCGCCUGGCGGAGGGGGUCCUGCAGCCCAAGUUCACAGCCAAACCGGGGAAAGCUCGGUUCGUCGCCAAGAACGGAACCUGCAAUGUGGCGCACACCAACAUCCGCGAGCAGGGCCGCUUCCUGCAGGACGUCUUCACCACCCUGGUGGAUCUGAAAUGGCUCCACACGCUGGUGAUCUUCACCAUGUCCUUCCUGUGCAGCUGGCUCCUCUUCGGGAUGAUCUGGUGGCUGGUGGCCUUCGCGCACGGCGACCUGGACCAAAGGGGGGCCGACUUUGUGCCGUGCGUAACGGGGAUCCACUCCUUCUCCUCCGCCUUCCUCUUCUCCAUCGAGGUGCAGGUGACCAUCGGCUUCGGCGCCCGCAUGAUCACGGAGGAGUGCGUGUCCGCCAUCAUGAUCCUGAUCGUGCAGAACAUCGUGGGCCUGGUCAUCAACGCCAUCAUGCUCGGCUGCAUCUUCAUGAAGACAGCGCAGGCGAACCGGCGCGCCGAGACCUUGAUCUUCAGCAAGCACGCAGUGAUCUCCGUGCGCAACAACAAGCUGUGCUUCAUGAUGCGCAUCGGAGACCUGAGGAAGAGCAUGAUCAUCAGCGCCACCGUGCGGAUGCAGGUGGUGCGGAGAACCACCACGGAGGAGGGCGAGGUGGUGCCGCUGGACCAGAUCGACAUCCACAUGGACAACCCGGUGGGCACCAACGGCAUCUUCCUGGUGUCCCCCCUCAUCAUCUGCCACGUCAUCGACAAGGACAGCCCCCUGUACGACAUGUGCGCCGAGGACCUGCAGCACGACGACCUGGAGGUGGUGGUGGUGCUGGAGGGGGUCGUGGAGACCACCGGCAUCACCACGCAGGCCCGGACCUCCUACGUGGCGGAUGAGAUCCUGUGGGGCCAGCGCUUCGUGCCUACGGUGGCCGCGGAGGACGGCAUGUACGCGGUGGACUACUCCAAGUUCGGCAACACGGUGAAGGUGCCGACCCCCUGCUGCAGCGCCAAGAAGCUGGACUCGGCGGGGGGCAUCGCCCGCUUCAAGCUGAGCGAGGGCGUCACCUUGCGGCCGUCCGUGAGAAGGCGCCAUGCCUCCUCGGGCAUGCGCAGGUCCGGGAUGGACGUUUGA